CAAACGGUAACAACUUUAACAGAAGUGAGUGUCGCGACUGUUAAUGUUAGACUGUGUGUCAUACUAACAAAUGUACACCGUGGAGAUAGAUAAGCAGAGCCUGACUGCAGUAAUGGACCACGAAAAAACUAUUUGGAUAAAAGAGGAAACAAGUGAGAUAUCAGGUUCACCAGGUUCCAUUGUCCAGGUAUACCCCUGUAGUGUGAAAAUAAAGGAAGAACCACAGGAGACUGGGAAUCAAGAGUUACUUCAAGAUCCAUUAAAAAUUGAGGCUCCAUUUUACAACACAAAGGAAGAUCCAGGACUGAAAUUGAACGUGUUCAGCAAUCCCGAAUUGAAUCCUCUGGGAGUUAAGAUGGAGGAGGUGGAAGCCUCAACAAGAUAUGCAUCUGAUAGUGCAAGAUUGACUCAGACUACUGGUGGGAGCUGUGGCAUAUCAUGUGAAGGAAUUUGUCACCAUGGGCUGGUCCAGGAUGAUUCGGUGAUAGACGAGGAGAAGUCAACACAUGAGUUUGGUACAGAAAAUGUGAUUAUUGAUAAGGAAUACUCAGUAGCCCCCCCAUAUGACUGUAGUAAGAGGGAAAAGGAAUUACAUCUAUAUAGCUGUGAUUUCUGCCAACAGAACUUUCCUUCAAAAUACAGACUCAUAAUGCAUGUGUUUAUGCACAUUGAUGGCAUGCAACCACCUUUGUAUGUUUGUAAGUGGUGUGGUGAGGUAUUUCACAGUAAGGUUAGUUUGAAAACACAUUUGAGAAUGAGAGAGAAUUAUCAUGGCUUAACUGCUUGCCACCAUGAAAAAUAUGACUAUAGUGAUGAGCAUCAAAGCAGUAUCUUCUUGGAUAGUGAGCCAGAAGUUUCUGUUACAGAACACAUUGAACAGUCUUCAUAUAAGGAAACGUGGAAAACUUCAAAGAAGGCCUCUAAUGACAUGUGUAACACACACAAGACAAAUGAUGCAAUAAGUGCUUAUGGAAUUUUAUCUACAGCUGUUAAUGUCAGUGCCCAGGCUGAUCUACAUAUUGCAAACAGAACCAACAAAUGUGGUAUUUGUGCCAAAUGGUUUGCUAGGUCAGGCGAUCUGAAGACUCAUUUAUUAAUUCACACUGGAAUGAAAGUUCACAAAUGUGAGAUUUGUGGGAAAUCUUUUACUUUGUUAGGCAGUCUCAAGAAGCACACAUUAAUUCACACUGGAAACAAACCUCACAAAUGUGAGAUUUGUGGAAAAUGUUUUGCUAGAUCAGAUUGUCUCAAGACUCAUGUAUUAAAUCACACUGGAAAGAAGCCUCACAAAUGUGAGAUUUGUGCAAAAUGUUUUGCUACGUCAGGUUGUCUCAAGACUCAUGUAUUAAUUCACAGUGGAAAGAAACCUCACAAAUGUGAGAUUUGUGGAAAAUGUUUUACUACAUCAGGUUAUCUCAGGACUCAUGUAUUAAUUCACACUGGAAAGAAACCCUACAAAUGUGAGAUUUGUGGGAAAUGUUUUGCUAUAAAAGGUUAUCUCAAGACUCAUGUAUUAAUUCACACUGGAAAGAAAGCUCACAAAUGUGAGAUUUGUGCAAAAUGUUUUGCUACAUCAGGUUGUCUCAAGACUCAUGUAUUAAUUCACACUGGAAAGAAGCCUCACAAAUGUGAGAUUUGUGGAAAAUGUUUUACUACAUCAGGUUAUCUCAAGACUCAUGUAUUAUUUCACACUGGAAAGAAACCCUACAAAUGUCAGAUUUGUGGGAAAUGUUUUGCUACAUCAGGCUAUCUCAAGACUCGUGUAUUAAUUCACACUGCAAAGAAACCCUACAAAUGUGAGAUUUGUGGGAAAUGUUUUGCUACAUCAGGUUAUCUCACGAAUCAUGUACUAAUUCACACUGGAAAGAAACCUCACAAAUGUGUGAAAUCUUUUGCUAGGUCAGGGAAUCUCAAGAGGCAUUUAUUAAUUCACACUGGAAAGGAACCUCACAACUGUGAGAUUUGUGGGUAA